CGUCCUCCAUUUCUCCGGUUUUCCCCUAGUUGGUGCACAUGCGUCAACAGCGGGCACCAGUGAUUGACUUCAUACAAAACCGUCUUUCUCCCUUCUUUUCUCCUUUGCUUACCUAGGUAGUUUCCUUCCAAUCUAGUAAUCCGACCUUAUCAACGACGCACUCGUACAACAUCUGCGCCGCCAUCAUGUCAUCACCAAAAGUCAUCGCGCCAACCCCUACAGAGGGCGACCUCGACAACUCUUCCUCCCAGUCGUCCGGUCCCGUCAAUAUCAUCCCUUCCCGCGAUGCUACCUCCACGACCACCGCUGCGCAACAGAGCGACAACAUUGCCCAUGCAUUGGCUGGCGCAGGCGGCGGUCUUCUUGCCAUGACCUUGACCUACCCUCUGAUCACCCUUUCGACGCGUGCGCAGGUCGAAUCUAAGCGAGCUGAUACAUCGACCCUUGCAGCCGUCAAGCACAUUCUCAACCGCGAAGGUGUCAGCGGACUUUAUGCAGGCCUCAGCAGCGCCUUGUUCGGUAUUUCCGUCACAAAUUUCGUCUAUUACUAUUGGUACGAAUGGACCAAGGCGUUCUUCGAGAAAGCAGCCAUUCAAUCUGGCCGUGCUAGCAAGAAGCUCACCACCAUCGAAAGUAUGAUUGCCGGUGCUAUCGCCGGAUCGGCAACAGUGAUGCUCACCAACCCCAUCUGGGUGGUCAACACCAGAAUGACAACUCGCAAGAACGAUGAGAGCGAGUUAGAGUUGCCCGGUGGUGAGAAAAAGCGCGUCAAGGCGCCCGGCACAAUCGCAACCCUAGUCAAAAUGAUUAAGGAGGACGGAGCAAGUGCCUUGUUCGCAGGCGUUCUGCCGGCCUUGGUGCUGGUAAUCAACCCAAUCCUGCAAUACACCUUUUAUGAGCAAUUGAAGAACAUCUUGGAGAAGCGGAAGAAGGUCGGACCCAAGGAUGCUUUCUACCUUGGUGCCCUCGGAAAAUUGUUGGCAACCAGCAUCACAUACCCAUACAUCACUGUCAAGUCUCGAGCCCAUGUGGCCACCAAGGAUCAGCCACAUGAGGGCAUGUUGAAGAGUCUGAAUAAGAUCGUCAAGGAGGAGGGCUGGGCUGGACUCUACAAGGGAAUCGCCCCCAAAGUCAGCCAGAGUGUUCUCACAGCGGCGUUCCUCUUCGCCUUCAAAGAUGUCUUGUAUGACAUGACCAUUGCCGCACGUCGGAGGGCCAGGGCCAUCAAGGCGUAAAUUUAGCCUCAAAAACAUCAUCGAACAAGGCUCAACCUAAGUGCGGUUGCUCGAUCGGAGAGUGACUGGAGGUCACUUUCGUUGAGGAAGGAGUUGGAUAUGGAAGAAUCCUU